AUGGUCACGUAUGUCGUGGCGUUCACUCUUUUGCUUCUGUUUUUGCUGCAUCUGCCUUCGAGGCUACGGCAACAGCCGGCGACAGGCGAGGUCUACAAACUGUCUCAGAAUACUGUCCACAAUCAGACUGUAUUCAAAUGGAGCCAGAGGAAGGAGCAUUAUCCUGUACACCAGUACUACCCCCUCCCGAAACCAUUGCUGGCGAGAUUGCCAAGAGUUCAACAUGUCUUUGGCAAAGAGAACGCCACUACUUCUGCCACGCGAAGACAACGUAGAGCACAGAUCAAAGGCGCUAUGCAGCGCAGCUGGGAAGCUUACAGACAACGUGCCUGGAUGAUGGACGAAUUAGCGCCUGUUUCGGGAUUGAACAAAACGACGUACGGCGGUUGGGCUGCCACUCUCGUUGACUCUUUGGACACUCUCUGGAUCAUGGAUAUGAAGCCCCAAUUCGAGGAGGCUGUGAAUGCCAUCGUGCAAAUCGACUUCACCUCUACAACAAUGGAGACCAUCAACCUCUUUGAGACUACCAUUCGCUACAUGGGUGGAUUCAUUGCAGCCUACGAUCUCUCGGGCGACAGACGACUGCUGGACAAAGCGUUGGAGCUCGCCGACAUGAUAUAUGCUGCGUUUGACACUCCUAACAGGAUGCCUAUUCUGCGGUGGGACUUUCACGCAGCAGCGAGAGGAGAGAAGCAAGUCUCGCCGGACCAUAUAAUCCUUGCAGAAAUCGGAUCCUUGUGCAUGGAGUUCACUCGACUUUCGCAGAUUACCAAUGACGACAAGUGGUAUGAUGCUGUAGCGCGUAUCACGAACCUAUUCGACCAACAGCAGGGCCUCAGCCAGCUGCCCGGUAUGUGGCCUCUGAGCGUAAACGGAGAGCAAGCCGACUUUCAUACUGGCGGUACAUUCUCUCUGGGCGCUUUCUCGGAUUCCAUGUACGAGUAUCUGCCAAAGAUGUACGCAUUGCUUGGCGGCUCGGAGCAGUAUGCGCGCAUAUAUCGAUGGGCCAUGUCUACUGCAACACAAUACAUGCUCUACAGUCCGAUGAUCAACAAGGAGCAUCACAAGAUUUUACUGCCCGGGAUUGUUCAUGUGGAGAAUGGGAGCUACACCCUACAGCCAGAACUGCAGCAUCUGGUCUGCUUUGUUGGAGGCAUGCUGGCAGUAGGAGGCAGGCUGCUCGAGAAUGAGACUCAUGUCGAUCUUGGACGGCGAGUUACCGAUGGCUGUACGUUUGCUUACAGCCAAUUUCAGACUGGUGUCAUGCCUGAAAACUGCAACCUUGUUCCGUGUCCAGGCUUGAGCCAAGAUGGAUGUGCAUUUGACACCCCGACGUGGUACGAAGCGAUCCUCAAAGACGCUUUCUUGACACAUGAUCGUGGCAAGAAAGCCCCCACGCUCAUCAAGCAGUUACGGCUGCCAUAUGGAGUGUCUUCAAUUCGGGACCGGAAAUACCAUCUUCGGCCAGAGGCUAUUGAAAGUGUCUUUGUACUCUAUCGCAUCACGGGAGACACUUCGCUGCAGGAUGUUGGCUGGAAAAUGUUCCGAUCUAUACACUCUCACACUAGGACUGCUUAUGCACACGCAGCUAUGGAGGAUGUGACAGAUGCUACCGUACCACUUAUGGACAAUAUGGAGAGCUUUUGGACUGCGGAGACUUUGAAGUAUUUCUAUCUGCUCUACUCGGAUCCCGAUGUCAUCAGCCUGGACGAGUGGGUCUUCAACACUGAAGCUCAUCCUUUCAGGCGACCUGGUCAUGAUGCAAGGACCAGCCCAUGGUAUUUGUGGUGGAGAUGACGGGCUUCGACUUGGGCGGUGGUCCAUAUGUCGACCUGUCGUCCCCCAGCACCCACCAGAAGUCUUCCACAAAGGCUCGCUGCUCUUCGGGCGCAGGUCUAAUUGCAUGAUAGCGACGAUUACCAACAGGAGGGUAUCCAUCUCCAGGGUGGCCGUCCAUCAUGACCUCGCCGGCCUCCUUAAGGAUCGCCCAGGCGGCAGCAACGUCCCAGAUCCAGAAGCCGCAUUCCCAAAAUGUAUUUUGCUGGCCUGCUGCUACUCUGCACAUCGACAAAGCCGCGGAUGCAGUGCAUCGCAGAGAAUCGGCGAAGCGGCCACCCGUAGCUGUCGUUCGAGCAAGUGUCGAGAAGAUCUUGAGGUUGAGCUCGAAGUCUGGACGUUCACGAUCACUCCUGAAUUCGAUGCCAGUGCAGGCGGAUCUCAUUGCAAAGUCGAUGUGCUCAGCGGAAGCUUCUGCUUUCCGUUGCUUCCAGAUAUACACCUUGACCGAUUACUGCAGUCCAUGAGCUCUCCUCGAAACGGAUUGUAGAACCACGCACACGGAAAGUACAGCACCGACGAUCACGCCGAUCGAUCUGCAAACUUCUGGAAAGCCAUGUAUGAAAUUGGACGUGUCAUCAACAGGGUCGAGAACGAACGUCGGCGAGUCCGUGAUCGCGAGUGUGAGAGCGGCGGAAAAUUAAUUAUUGGUAUGGAUGGUCACCUUAUGGCGAAAGUAAGUCGGAUCAUCGAUUGCACUGCAUUGCCCGGUUGUUUCUCCUUUCCUACUUUCCAUGGAAAGAAGGUGGUCUGAAAAACUGAAGAUAUGAGAUGAUGGACUUCUCUUUUGAGGCGAACCAGUGCCGUAGAUGUAUUUCGUACAUCUCAAUGCAACUCCGAUGUACGUUCGCGAUCGUGCUAGUUGUGGGGAAUUUCUGAGCUUGUACGG